CGGGGGGCUGCGCCUCGCCGGGCCGUCGGACCAGAGGGUGGGCACGGGCAGACAGCAGGGCCCCAAGCCGGGUGCCCAGGAAAGGCUGCUCCAGGGGGCGGCAGGGACACAGCCCGAGGCCAGGUGACCAUUGACGGCCAGGUGGGCAGAGGAACACAGGACUCCCGGGCCCGGCAGGGUGAGUGUGCUGUGGGCACAGGGAGGUAGUUGGGCUAGUGGGCAGCGGCUCUGUGUCAGGGUGAGGACGGGGAGCCCUCGGAGAUCGUGACGGGGCGGUGGUGUCCCCUGACUUCAGAGGGCGAGGAUUCUGGCGUCCCCUGCGAACGACCCCGCCAGCCACUGUGCCAGCAGUUGUCCUGGGAAGACUUUCUGAGGCCCCCUCACAGCAGAACUUGCAGUUUCCUUCCUCUUUGGUGGCAUGUCACGGUGGCUGUGAUCUCUGUUUCCUGGUGCCAGUGCGGCCGAGCGUCUUCACGUGCUGUUUGUCUUCUUUCGAGAAACAUCUGUUCUGAUCCUGUGCCUGUUUUUUUAAUAUGGAGAUGGACCCUCCCCCUCCCUUCCCUAAGGAGAUCCCUCACAACGAGAAGCUCCUGUCCCUCAAGUACGAGAGCUUGGACUAUGACAACAGCGAGAACCAGCUGUUCCUGGAGGAGGAGAGGCGGAUCAACCACACGGCCUUCCGGACGGUGGAGAUCAAGCGCUGGGUCAUCUGUGCCCUCAUCGGCAUCCUCACGGGCCUUGUGGCCUGCUUCAUCGACAUCGUGGUGGAGAACCUGGCCGGCCUCAAGUACAGGGUCAUCAAGAACAAUAUCGACAAGUUCACUGAGAAGGGCGGGCUGUCCUUCUCCCUCCUGCUGUGGGCCACACUGAACUCUGCCUUCGUGCUCGUGGGCUCCGUGAUCGUGGCUUUCAUAGAGCCGGUCGCUGCUGGCAGUGGGAUCCCGCAGAUCAAGUGCUUCCUCAACGGGGUGAAGGUCCCCCACGUGGUGCGACUCAAGACGUUGGUGAUCAAAGUGUCCGGCGUGAUUCUGUCUGUGGUGGGAGGACUGGCCGUGGGAAAGGAAGGGCCGAUGAUCCACUCGGGGUCCGUGAUCGCCGCCGGGAUUUCCCAGGGGAGGUCGACGUCGCUGAAGCGGGAUUUCAAGAUCUUCGAGUACUUCCGCAGAGACACGGAGAAGCGGGACUUUGUCUCUGCAGGCGCUGCGGCCGGGGUGUCGGCUGCGUUUGGAGCCCCAGUGGGUGGGGUCCUGUUCAGCCUGGAGGAAGGAGCCUCCUUCUGGAACCAGUUCCUGACGUGGAGGAUCUUCUUCGCCUCCAUGAUCUCCACCUUCACCCUGAACUUCGUGCUGAGCAUCUACCACGGGAACAUGUGGGACCUGUCCAGCCCCGGCCUCAUCAACUUCGGGAGGUUCGACUCGGAGAAAAUGGCGUACACGAUCCACGAGAUCCCGGUCUUCCUCGCCAUGGGCGUGCUGGGUGGCGUUCUCGGGGCUGUGUUCAACGCCCUGAAUUACUGGCUGACGAUGUUCCGAAUCAGGUACGUCCACCGGCCCUGCCUGCAGGUGAUCGAGGCCAUGCUGGUAGCCGCCGUCACGGCCACUGUCGCCUUCGUCCUCAUUUACUCGUCUCGGGACUGCCAGCCCCUGCAGGGCAGCUCCAUGUCCUACCCGCUCCAGCUCUUCUGUGCCGAUGGCGAGUACAACUCCAUGGCCGCCGCUUUUUUCAAUACCCCGGAGAAGAGUGUGGUGCGGCUUUUCCAUGACCCGCCAGGCUCCUACAACCCGCUGACGCUCGGCCUGUUCACCCUGGUCUACUUCCUCCUGGCCUGCUGGACCUAUGGGCUCACAGUGUCCGCCGGGGUCUUCAUCCCCUCGCUGCUCAUCGGGGCCGCCUGGGGCCGGCUCUUCGGCAUCUCCCUGUCCUACCUCACGGGGGCGGCGAUCUGGGCGGACCCCGGCAAGUACGCGCUGAUGGGAGCUGCCGCCCAGCUCGGUGGGAUUGUGCGCAUGACUCUGAGCCUCACGGUCAUCAUGAUGGAGGCCACCAGCAACGUGACCUACGGCUUCCCCAUCAUGCUGGUGCUCAUGACCGCCAAGAUCGUGGGCGACGUCUUCAUUGAGGGCCUGUACGACAUGCACAUCCAGCUGCAGAGCGUCCCCUUCCUGCACUGGGAGGCCCCGGUCACCUCGCACUCGCUCACAGCCAGGGAGGUGAUGAGCACACCAGUGACCUGUUUGAGGCGGAGGGAGAAGGUGGGCGUCAUCGUGGACGUGCUCAGCGACACAACGUCCAAUCACAACGGCUUCCCCGUGGUGGAGCAUGCGGAUGACACCCAGCCCGCCCGGCUCCAGGGCCUGAUCCUGCGCUCCCAGCUCAUCGUCCUCCUGAAGCACAAGGUAUUUGUGGAGCGCUCCAACAUGGGCCUCGUGCAGCGGCGGCUGCGGCUGAAGGACUUCCGCGACGCCUACCCGCGCUUCCCGCCAAUCCAGUCCAUCCACGUGUCCCAGGACGAGCGCGAGUGCACCAUGGACCUCUCCGAGUUCAUGAACCCCUCGCCCUACACGGUGCCCCAGGAGGCGUCUCUCCCUCGCGUGUUCAAGCUGUUCCGGGCCCUGGGCCUGCGGCACCUGGUGGUGGUGGACAACCGCAAUCAGGUGGUCGGGCUGGUGACCAGGAAGGACCUCGCCAGGUACCGCCUGGGCAAGGGCGGCCUGGAGGAGCUGUCGCUGGCCCAGACGUGAGGCCCAGCCCCGCCCUCAGCGGGCAGCGGCUCCCCCGGCCCCUUCAGCCUCCCGGGGUCACUGGUCUGUGCCGAAGCCUCGCUUCCCGAGCAGCGGCUGGAGCAAGCGUCCCCCAGGCCUGGGGCCGGGCCGGCUGGCGCAGGAACGCGGCCCUGGUGGAAGGCGGCUGGUUUCGUUCCCAGUGCGUCCCCUGCGCCUCGGCCCUGCACUUGGCUGUUUCCUUCUGGGGUCUGAACUUCAGGGAUCAAGCGCGUGUGCCACGCUCCCCCGGCUGCCGGCUGGCGUGUGUCUGCACGUGGGGGCUCUGUGGCGUGGAGCCGGCCUGGCCCUCCGCUGUGGGUGUGGCCUCGUGCGUCUCCAGCGGGAGCUGACAGCCUCGGCCCCCGGGCUUAGGUGACAGCCCAGCUGCACGGGAAGCUCCAGAGUUGGAGGGGCAGGGUGGCCCCAGAGAGUGGCCUUGGCUGGGCUCCCCGGGGGGGCCCCACGUGCACCCUGGUCUGCACUCCGACACGCUGACCACAGGACGGGGGUCCCCAGAGCUGAGAAGACACACUGAGGGCCUGAACCCCCGAAUCCAGCCAUGCCUCUGUCACCCUGAGCCCUCAGACCUGGGGGUCCCCACACCUGUGGCCACUGGCUGGGAAGGUGGAUCUUUCCUCUGCACAGGGGAGCCGGCGUUGGCAGCAGCUUCCCCCUCCUGCCUGUGCCAGCGACAGUGCAGGUGGCUCCAAAGGGCUGGUGAGCGCAGGAGCCUCCUCCCCGCCGGCAGGGCUGGGCCUGGUGUCCCUUGGUCCCCAGGGCUCCACCCACAGGACGCUGCACAGAGGUGGUGUGUGUCCCCGUCAGGUGUCUGUUGGGGCAGCACCAGUCCCAGGCACCCCUUCCUCGUUCCCACCCAGCCUGGAUCUCGGUCCCGCAGCCCGGGAUGUUCCGGGGCCCUGGGGAUUGGGGUGUAAGUGUGAUGGUGAGACAGGCGUCUGGGGACCGGGCCGUCCUGUGAAUAGCAGCGGCCCCCAGGGGCACUGCAGCCACCCCAGGGCCCCAGGGGAGGGAGGUCUGGGGCGUGGCCCUGUGGGGACAGCCCUAGCCCGGAGCACUGACCACCACGUCCUGCCUCCUGGUCCCCUUCCCUGGGGGCUGAAGAGCCCGGUUUCUACCUUCCCGGCUCUUAGCCCCUUCUCCGUCCCCACACCUGGGCACUGGCGGGAAGGCGUCAUCGCAGGGACCCCUGGGCCGACCCGGCAGGGUCGGGAGCAUCGAAGUGGGCGGAAGUAAGAAGCCCCCAGCAGGCCUCAAAGACACAACACCAAAAACGCAUGUGCAAUGUCCCUUCACGACUAUUUUAUAGAUUUCAUGUUGAAAUAAUAUUUUGGAUAUAUUAGGUUAAAUAAAGUGACCUGUUACAGUUGA